CUUAAAUUUAUUAAGAAACAAAUAAUAAAAAUGACAAACUGCUGUAAAUGUUGUAAAGGAAAAGAGUGCACUUGUUGCCAAGAAUCAUGCCACUGUCCAAAGGAUCAACAAAUCUCAUGUAAAUGUUCCACAUGCACAUGUUCAGACCAAUGUAAGGGAGAUUGCUCAUGUAAAAGAGAAUGUUGCAAAUAAAAAAACUAAAUAAAAAAAAUCUUUUUUUUUUUUAAC